CCUGGACAGAACAAGAGCUUGAACAAGGAGUUGUGCAGCAUGUUCCGAAAGAAAGGGCCUGAACUUCUUGAUGCUGAAUAAAGCAAAUCUGCAGUACCAGACAGUUUUAGCAAUGUGGUCUGAGAAAGUCAGCUGAUCAUCAACCGUAACUCCAAUGUUUCUGGUUGUUUUUGAAGGAGUUAUGGUUGAUGUACCUAACUGGAUGGGAAAAUUCUGAUGAAACUAUGGGUUUGCUGGAACCACAAGCAGUUCUGUCUUGGCAAGGUUGAGUUGAAGGGGAUGGUCCUUCAUCCAGCAAGAAAAGUCUGUUAGACAAGCUGAGAUGUAAGCAGCUAUCUUUGGAUCAUCAGGGUGGAAUGAGAGGUAGAGUUGAGUGUCAUCAGCACAGUAGUAGUUUGGAAAGCCAUUCUGGACGACAGAACCUAAUGAUGCCAUGUAGACAGAGAAAAGAAGUGGUCCAAAAACUGAGCCCUGAGGCACCCCAGCAUAUAUGUUGUGACUUGUACACAUCACCUCUCCAAGACACUUUAGCACCUAUCUGAUAGGUAAGACUCAAACCACUGGAGUGCAGUUCCUGAGAUACCCUUUGCCAAUAGGGCUGACAGGAGGAUCUGGUGGUUAACUGUGUCAAAAGAAAAAGCAGAUAAGUAUUGAAGAUUUUGAAUCUGCUUUUGCCAGUCUUAUGGCUUCAGCAACGGAGAGCAUGGCAGUCUGGGUUGAAUGUCCACUAAGGCUGGUCCGAAUAAAAAAAAUUGAGCUUCGGAAGUAAUCAACACUGCAUAUUCAAGGCUUUGGAGACGGCUGAACAUAUUUUUCUCUCAACAACGUGUCUCACCGGACGCCAUGCAGCGACAAAAUCUGUCGCAUCUAGUGUCCGGUGUAGACACUGUGUAAUGAAGGCAGGAAUCUCUGUGUGUCUGUCCAUGUGUUUGCAAUUUUAUUAUGUCGAGAACCAUUCAUCCAAUCAACUUCUCGCGUGAUACAAAACAAACAGGUCUUUUAAGAGCAACACCUUUUAAUACAGACAAAUUAUUAUUAGGUUGGGCUACUGAAUGUUUUUUUAUGACUGUCGUAUUCGCAAGUAUAUUUUCCAAGCAAAUUAAUUGUGCAUUUUGUGUAAAAUUACUGAUUAACAUGGCGGAUAAAAGCAGCUGUUUUUUAAACACACAAUAUACUAUAGGCAUACUUACACAACUUAGAGAUGGUGAUUUUUCAAACUUGAUGUGCUGUUGUGGCAGGCCAGUUUCAAAUAUCUGGUACACUGCCUUUGUCUUGUCCUCACUCAAUUUGAAGUGUUCCCAAAAAGCUGAGGUCUUAAGCAUUUUUGUCUUCUCUUCCAGAUGAACUCAAUCAUGACGUUCACUCAUGGGCGAUUCAUAUUCAAGAGUGAAUGAGAAUCGUUUCGCAGGGGAUGCCAGGUGUUCGAGAGAGAGAGAAAGAAUUAAUUAUUAAUACAAUAUUUUAAUUAAUUAUACAAUAAUUAUUUGAACCUCAAAAUUGAAAAUCGAAUGCCAACCCGCCGAACGAAUAUUGAAUAACUUUGAUCCAGCCCUAAUGUCCACUUCUGAAACCAGACUGGUUGCUGUCAAAUAAGUUGUUCUGUCUGAUAAAGGCAGAGAAUUGGUUGAACACAUCAUUCAAGUGUUUUUGCGAUGAAAGGAAGAAGGGAAACUUUUCUGUAGUUCUCUAAAAGAGAUGGGUUAAUGGUGGGAUUCUUAGUUCACCCAUAAAUGAAAAUAAGCCCAUAAAUAACUCACCCUCAAGUCAUUCUGGGUGUGUAUGACUUUCCUCUUUCAGAUUAACCCAGUCAGAGUUAUAUUAAAAAUGUUAUUUGAUCUUCCAAGCUGUUUAAUGGCACUCAGCGGAUUUUGCCGUGCAUCAGUCCAAAAGAAGUUAAAUAAAAAGCACCCAUCCAUAAAAAAAAGCGUCUCACAUGGCUCCUGGGGGGGUGAACAAAGGCCUCCUGUAGCGAAUCAAUUUGUUUUUUGUAAUAAAAAUAUCUAGAUUUAAAAUGUAAUAAUUAAAUGUAGCUUCCACCAAGAGUUGUACAUGGAAGCAGCUCUGGGUGGAUGACGUAUGAGGCCAGUGUUGCACAUGCGCUGGUGAGUCUUGUGAAACCAGCAAAAGUUUCCUUACUUUAGCAAAGGAAAACCAGUCUCACCAGUGUGAAGGAUUGUGUUAAUGAUGUGAGUGCAGGUACAACUGCAGGAGAAAUGGCUUGAAGGACAUGAGAUGGAAUAGGAUCAAGAGGACAAGUAGAAGAAUGAUUAGAAAGGAUAAGUUUGGAGACUUCUGCCUCAGAGAGUGAAGAGAAGGAUGUAUAUGUUUGCUGUGAGGACUGGAGAUCUUCUCUGAGUGAGCUCGGUCCACUCUUGAGCUUAAGGAUGAGUGGGUCAGGGGAGCAGACUGAUAUCUUGGCUGUCGGGAGCAUGGUCCGGGAGCGAUGGAGAGUGUUAAAGAAAAUUGGCGGGGGUGGUUUUGGUGAGAUCUAUGAAGUUCUUGACCAGGUGAACCAUGUCAGUGUGGCUUUGAAAGUGGAGUCUGCCCAGCAACCCAAACAGGUUCUGAAGAUGGAAGUAGCAGUUUUGAAAAGACUUCAGGGAAAAGACCAUGUUUGUCGUUUUGUUGGCUGUGGGCGCAAUGACCGCUUCAACUAUGUGGUUAUGGAGCUUCAGGGAAAAAACUUGGCAGACCUUCGACGCAACAUGAGCUGUGGCACCUUCAGCUUUUCCACCUCGCUCAGGCUGGGCAGACAAAUCUUAGAGGCCAUCGAGAGCAUCCACUCUGUGGGCUUCCUGCACAGAGACAUCAAACCCUCUAACUUCGCAAUGGGUCGACUUGCCAGUACAUGCCGAACCUGUUAUAUGCUUGAUUUUGGGUUGGCACGCCAAUUUACAAACUCAUUUCAAGAAGUCCGUCCACCACGCCAAGUGGCAGGAUUCAGAGGAACUGUCCGUUAUGCUUCAGUUAAUGCUCACAAGAAUAGGGAAAUGGGUCGACAUGAUGACCUGUGGUCUUUAUUUUAUAUGCUUGUUGAGUUCAUGGUGGGUCAGCUACCCUGGAGAAAAAUCAAAGACAAAGAACAGGUCGGAAAUAUGAAGCAGUCAUACAACCAUUGCCUCAUGCUCAAACACCUCCCAAAUGAGUUUAGCGUUUUUCUCGAUCAUAUCUCCAACCUGGAAUACUACACUAAACCAGAUUAUCAGCUACUGAUGUCAGUCUUUGACAACAGCAUGAAGAGCUAUAAAGUGGCGGAAAAUGACCUGUAUGACUGGGAAAGAACAGAUUCAGAGGACACACUCAAUGUUGGAACCCUGGCAACCACAGCCCAGCAGUUGACCCGCCUCACUCCUGCAUAUUUAGGCAUGGCCAAUGCCUCCAUGAUUCCAGGCGAUCUGCAGCGUGAGAACACAGAGGACGUCCUUCAGGGGGAGCGCCUCAGCGAGGCUGAUAAUUGCGCCCUCAUCCCAACGCAGCCUGCACAGGGAGUGGAUGUCUGUGAUGAUAUGGAGCACAGCCAUGACAGAAACCUUAACCAUGUUCAACCACUAAUCAGAAAGGUGGCUAGUGAGGAUGAGCGAAGCAAAGAGGGCAACCAGAGCCCCAACAGUGGUUCCAUCCAGGGCUCUCCCAGACAGGUGCACUCAGAGACCUUGCUCAUCGACCGCGUGGCUCCUCUACUGAGAAGGAUGCGCCAUAGUCAGAGCAUGGGGCUAGACAAAAGACUGACCCCUGAACCCAAACCCACAAUUGAACGCUUUCUUGAAGCCUAUUUAGGGAAGCAACGUCCAGGUCUGCCCCAAGACAGGUCUGUCUGUCGGGUCGAACAAGGCUCGCUGGAGGACGAGGAGGGUGCGGCCAGCAGCGGGUACGUUGGCGUCAACCUCAGCCCCGUCCCACAAGAGGGAGACUCACAGGAGUGGUUUCUAGUGGAGCUUGAGGGUGGUUGCGGUUCAGCAGGAUCUAAACCGGAUGAGGACGAACGCUCAGGGAUUUCACCACGCUCCUCCAGCCCCCUCGCCCUUCCUCGCACCUGGUCCGACCCCUUGCCUCAGCGCGCUAGCAUUCUGAGUGGUUCAGCAGAAUUCCACACAGCUGUCUGCCACACUGGACCUCCGUUCGCCAGACUACCAGGUUUGCCCGGCAUAAUAGGCCUGUCUGGAUUAAGAAGACUGCCCACAGUACAGCCUGCAUUUGUGGCCCUCAGCAGGACUCAUCAUGAGCAGUCAUCCAGUGCAGUGCUACAGUCCAUUCAGCCUCAGCAGAAGACAGGAUACGACUCUCAGCCUGACAAUCCAUCAGGCCCUGUGGAAAAAGAGCACAACCACAUCCCAGCUGUUUCACCCUCUAAAAGCCCUAACAAGCCUGAUGAAAACAUUAUCUCUGUCAAGGCCUCUGACAAGGAUGUGGAGAGUGACUCGGGUUGUCCUGACGGUGGGCCUUCUUCAACUCCAAACCAGUGUGAGAUGACUGGACACAGAGUUGAUCCAGCUCUAGCAUCACCCCAUGAACUCUCACCCCGAGCCAGCCGCAUCCCCAUCCGUGACCCAGACUCUCCAACCCCAAGAGGGUUUUCGGCUCCACUUUCUCCAUCUUUGUCACUAUCAUGUGAGCACUUCCCCUCAGCGCUGCUGCGUGACAGGUUCACCUUCCCCACCGGUUCUCGAUGGUCAGACUGGCAGGCGGAGGAGCCACUCUCUCUGUCGUCCUCUUCAGGACCUGUGUCGAGCAAGAGUAAAAUACCAAGACCCAUAAGCCCCACACUACUGCCAGAUCAGUUGUCUGCACGAUUUAUGCCACGGCCGCCACCAGGCAAACCACCCAUUCGCACAGGUGGCGAGAACAGAAGCAGAUGCUACCGCAUUCGUGCUAGCAGCACAGGUGACGCAGACCUCUUGGACAGCCUCUCUCAGCUCAUGCAGGAGCGAGGUGCACUGGCUGUAAGCACCUCACAUUACCAACGCACCACCACCUCCUCUCUACAGCGCUCAUUGAGCUCCUCGCCUUCGCAUUUUGAGGGGGGUCACAGCCAGUCACCAAGUAGCUGCUCUGCCUCCCCGCCUCCUCGAAUCAGUGACUUGUCUGUAAAUCACGGGUCUGUGUUCUGCCCCAGAGUCAGAGCAGGAACUCCUGGGAGCAACACCACCACAAAAACGAGCAAAUAAAAAGAAAAGCAUGUAACUGUUGGUGUGAGCUGUCAAUAUGACAUCAGUUUCAAAAGUAGCUUUUACCGUUUGAUGAACUGUAGCGUUGUGGCAAGUGGUGUUUUGAUAAGUACAGUGAUAAAGGACCAGGUAUUUGACGGUUGGUUGUGAUAACUUGAAAGCAUCAUGUUUUGGACAUAAGUAAAACAUGAAAUAUUAACAUGUUAAAUGUUCCAGUGAUGAUGUGUAACUUUCUUCUAAACAAAUAUAAUUUGUGCCAUAUAUUUGUAUAUAAUUUAUUAAUUUUUUGCUAUAUAAAUUAUCAGUUUAUUUUCUCUUUUUGCACUUGCAUACCUUAACACACAUUUGAUUUUGAACAUUUACUAUCGGUCCCUAUCAGUGAGAACUUGGGAGCGCAUUGUAUUCUGUCAAACAGAUGCUUAUUUUGUAGGCACUCCAGAUACUCUAGCUUUACAUUUUGUCCUUUUUCUGUUUUUAAAUCAUUGGUCAAAGCGUUUCAGCUUAAAAGCUCAUUUCAACAGAUAGCUACCUAUACCAGGUAAUAUCCUUCAUGUAUAGGUACAUCUGGUGCAAGCAAGCAUGUAUGUAUUUCAGGGAAUGUAUGUACUGUAAACUGUAUCAUCUAAAGAAUGUAUUUAUUUAUUUAUUGGAUGUGGUUACAUACCUGAGGUUGUAGCAUUACUAAUUGCUACUGAGUGAAUUUGCCAUCACAUUAACGGUCAGCAACCUUGAAAUUGCCAAGUAUAAUCUCUUCCAUGCCUGCAAUAUCAUACUAAAAAUCCCUGUAAAUAGUCAUAAUGUCAGUAAGGAACUUACAGAUACAUUGCAGUGAAACACUAAGGAAGGACCCUUAAAGGAACUCUUGCUUCAAACACUAUACAAUAGUGCCAUUACCAUUUUACUUGAAUACAUCAUCAAGAUGUCUGUUUGAUAAGUUGGCUGCUUAUACCAAGAUGCUUCUGCAGUUUUUGGGAUUGAAUUCUCUGUCCUGGCAUUUAUUGAAAGUUGUCUGAGUGCGUGACCCAUGUGAUGUACAAAGAAAGGGACUGUAGAUACCAAAUCAUUACUACGACUUCAUUGUGUGCUGUGCGGACAGAAUAGUUGUUUUGUUCUGGAUGGCCAAUUUUGUUCUCUGGAAGUACUUUUAUUUUAAAAGCACCAGUAUAGGCCCACAACUGUGCUACUCCAGAUGGUUUAUCUUAAGAAUUGUACAUAAUCUAAACUGUAUAUAGAUAUAAAUAUAUGAAGAAAAGGAAAUUCCACCUCAUGCUUCAUGUACUGUAUUUUGCUAACAACCAUUUCAAUCAUGCAAAUAAAAGUUACUAUGUUGUAAUGUAUAUGUAUUCAUAUUAAUGGAAUAAACAAGUACUCUUAAGUACC